AGACGCAGCACAGCUUUAAUUAAGACUGGAAGGUGUUACCUGUUUCGACGGAUUCAUGUUUGGACAUGGAUCUUUGAGAAUUUUUGUUUGAAUCUUAGCGAAAAGAAGAAAGUGUGUAUGUUAUUUCGAUUUCUCAUCAGUAUUUUUCAUAAAGAACCUGAGAUGUUCAUCAUUUUGGGACUGGAUCUGUGCGUCAAACUGGACCCAAAUUUUGGAUGAGAGGGUAUUAUUUUUGAGGUGUAUAUUCGUCUGUAAUUUAGUUCCAGCACAUUCCUUUUAAGUACCCCUGUAAUAUGCCCAUGAAAAUGAACAGUGGAAGCCCUGUGGGGAACAACAUGUUUCAUCAGCUUCAGCCACCGCAACCAAAGAGGACUUACAGUAGUGCUAAUGAUCCCCACCCAACCAACACUGGUGACCAGCAAGAUCUGACAAAAAACAUGUUUUUCAAAGACACGUUUGAAGAGGAGGAGGAGGAUUCAGGAAUUAAAUCAGAGGCUGAGGAAAGCAAUGGAACCUUAUCCUCUGAAGAUGACUUGCACCACCUUGAAUAUUCGAAGAACUUUGCUCUCGAGCAAACUGUCGCAAAGAAAAGCAUCAGUCAAAUCAUCAAAGACAAGAAGAAGCAGACUCAGUUAACACUACAGUGGCUUGAAGAAAACUAUAUAGUUUGUGAAGGAGUUUGCUUGCCUCGAUGCAUCCUCUAUGCUCAUUACCUGGAUUUCUGUCGGAAGGAGAAGUUAGAUCCUGCUUGUGCUGCCACUUUUGGCAAGACCAUACGGCAAAAAUUUCCUCUCCUCACAACCCGGAGGCUUGGCACCAGAGGCCAUUCAAAGUAUCACUAUUACGGUAUAGGUAUUAAGGAGAGCAGCGCUUACUAUCAUUCAGUGUACUCAGGAAAAGGUCUAACAAGAUUCUCUGGGAGCAAACUCAAAAAUGAGGGAGGCUUCACACGGAAAUAUUCACUUAGUUCUAAAACAGGAACAUUGCUCCCUGAAUUCCCAAGUGCACAGCAUUUAGUACUUGAUGAUUCCAUUUCCAAGGAAAAGGUCGACACACUGAUAAUGAUGUACAAAACUCAUUGUCAGUGCAUUCUUGACAACGCUAUCAGUGUCAACUUUGAAGAGAUCCAGAACUUCUUGCUUCAUUUCUGGCAAGGUAUGCCUGGCCAUCUGUUGCCUCUGCUGGAGAAUCCAGUAAUCGUGGACAUCUUUUGUGUGUGUGACUCUAUACUUUACAAGGUACUGACUGACGUUCUCAUUCCUGCUACAAUGCAGGAUAUGCCCGAAAGCCUUUUGGCAGAUAUUCGAAAUUUUGCAAAACACUGGGAGCACUGGAUGGUGUCAUCUUUGGAAAAUCUCCCAGAAGUCCUCUCAGAAAAGAAGCUGCCCAUAGCUCGUCGCUUCGUGUCCUCUUUAAAGCGCCAGACUUCCUUCUUACACCUUGCGCAGAUUGCAAGGCCAGCACUUUUUGACCAAAACGUUGUGACGUCCAUGGUGAACGACAUUGAUAAAGUAGAUUUAAACAGCAUCGGCUCCCAGGCACUCCUUUCCAACGCUAGCGACCAUGACUUGGACUUCUACUCUGAAUAUGAUUCUUUUUCAGUGUUUCAGGAGUUGAAGGACCUCCUGAGGAAAAAUGCCACCGUAGAGUCUUUUAUUGAGUGGCUGGACUCUGUGGUGGAACAAAAAGUUAUUAAGCCCAGUAAACAGAAUGGUCGUUCGGUUAAGAAGCGGGCCCAGGAUUUUUUACUCAAAUGGAGCUUUUUCGGGGCCCGAGUGAUGCACACCCUCACCUUAAACAAUGCCACAAGCUUUGGCUCCUUCCACCUCAUUAGGAUGCUAUUGGAUGAAUAUAUCUUGCUGGCCAUUGAAACACAGUUCAAUAACGACAAAGAGCAAGACCUCCAGAACCUCCUGGACAAAUACAUGAGAAAUGCAGAUGCCAGUAAGGCGACAUUCACUGCUUCCCCGAGUUCAUGCUUCCUGGCCAAUCGUAGUAAAACAGGGAUGGCGUCCAGCGAUUCCUCUGUUAAGAAUGAGACCCACCCAGAGUAUGCGUAUCUAUCUAUGCCAGGCAGUCAGCAUGGGCUAGGAGCCAAUAUGGUGGUGUACCAAGGAACGGAGCCAGACGGCUUUACUCUAUCUGGACAACUAGACUAUACCCAAAACAGUGGCCCACUGAUCACUCCUCCGAUGUCUCCAGCCAUGGCCAACCGAGGCAGUGUGAUAAACCAAGGCCCGAUGGCUGUGAGGUCGCAGGGCGGCUGCCCCAUCCAGUCUCAUGUGCCGUGCCAGACAUUCCCUGACACCAUGUGCCAAAACCUGUCUAACUCCACCUCCAGCUACUACCCCAGCUCUUCCACUUACCAGCCUGCCAGCCUUUCUUCAACCUAUCAAGCUCACAGCGAGGGCGGACGAUACGCAUCCUUCAGUGGGCAGCAGCUGGCCAAGGACUGCUUUAGCAGCAGUUGCGGUGCCGUACCCUACAGCUCCAGAAUAUCAUCAGCUAGCUACUCAGCCGCUACUGACCCCAGUGUGGAGGCACAAGGAGUUCAGCUACUGGACACGACGGGUUACAGCUUUGUUGGAGGAGGAUGUUCAGGCCCAGUGUACACCAGCACAGCACAUAGCGGCUACUAUGGAAACAGCGGCUAUGUGGACAGUCAGAGGAUGGGCUCCCUGAUUGACCAGCAUGUGUCUGUGAUCAGUAGUGUGAGCUCUAUUCGCUCCCUCCCUGUGUACACUGACGUCCACGAUCCUCUCAACAUUCUGAAUGACGCGGGCAGGAAGGCAGCAGGUCCUUACUACCCUGAACAGCCUUCUUUAAUUACACGCACAGCUGCGUCUUCAGUAGCCCCUCCCAUCCCCUGCUCUAUCUCUCCAUGCAUGUACGGCUCUGCUACUCAGUAUCAUAAUUCCCAAGAAGCCCUGCUGCCUCACCAGAGCAGUGGAGGUACGGGCAUGGUGUCCUCCCUGCCACCCAUCAACACUGUCUUCAUGGGGUCAACUGGAGGACCACCCUGACUGUUGCUCAGAUAACCCUGGAUUAUUGAUCCUUCAUUCUGGCUUGUCUGACUAAUGCAGAAGCAAGUCUUUGGUAUAAAUAGUUAUUUAGAGUUCUUUUAGA